AUGGAACCAAGCCGGACCUGGGCGACGAGCCUUAAACCGGGACAAUGCCGGUAUCCGGCCGCUUCGCUCUCCAUCUUCCUGAGCCUCCGGUGGGGUUUGGGUGAGACCCGAAGGGAGAAGAGCCGCAGCCGCAACAGCAGAUUGCUCAAAUCUGGCUUCAAGUUGAAAUGAAUACCUUGCAGACUGAAGGAAGCUGAGUACAUUGUCACCUCUAAUGCUGCAGUGCAAGAAAGGACUAAUCUAGCCAUUCUGUCUCCUAUCAACAUUUGGUACCUUACUUUGCUUGCUGGUCACUUGUACAGCACACAGUUACAAUCAUUAAGCAUACAUGGAGAGAGGCAACAAAGUAUGUAAGCCUGGCUAACAAGAGAGAAAUUUGCCUAGUCAGACUGGGAGGCAAUUCAAAUUUAUGAGGAUUAUUUUGCAUUUUUCUCCAUUACAUUACCUCUCAUCUAUGUGAAGGACACAAAUCCAAAUCAAUUUUCAUUUUAUUUCCAUUAUUUUUGCUAGAUUUUUUCUCUUUUUCAGUAUUUUUUUCUUAGUUAGAAAUGGGCCCGUGGACUAGAAUGUGGCCCAUGGACAGGGUUGUUUUUGUGAAAUCAUGGCUUGUGUUUUCUCUGGGGCUCUACAUGCAGUUCUCCAAAGCAUUGGCCUGUCCGAGCGUGUGCCGCUGUGACCGAAACUUUGUCUAUUGUAAUGAACGAAGCUUGACCUCAGUGCCUCUUGGAAUCCCGGAGGGUGUAACCGUACUCUACCUCCACAAUAACCAAAUUAAUAAUGCUGGAUUUCCUGCAGAGCUACACAACGUCCGGUCUGUACACACAGUUUACCUGUAUGGAAACCAGCUGGAUGAAUUCCCCAUGAAUCUGCCCAAGAAUGUCAGGGUUCUUCACCUGCAAGAAAACAACAUCCAGACCAUUUCUCGGGCUGCUCUAGCCCAGCUGUUGAAACUGGAAGAGCUGCACCUAGAUGACAAUUCCAUCUCUACUGUGGGAGUUGAGGAUGGGGCUUUCCGGGAAGCUAUUAGCCUCAAGCUUCUGUUCUUGUCCAAGAAUCACUUAAGCAGUGUACCAGUUGGCCUUCCAGUGGACUUACAGGAACUACGAGUUGAUGAAAACCGAAUUGCCAUCAUAUCGGAUAUGGCCUUUCAGAAUCUCACAAGCUUGGAACGUCUCAUAGUGGAUGGCAAUCUCCUUACCAAUAAAGGUAUUGCAGAUGGCACUUUUAGCCACCUAUCAAAACUCAAGGAAUUCUCUAUAGUGCGGAAUUCCCUAACAUACCCUCCUCCUGAGCUCCCAGGUACAAACCUACUUAGGCUGUCUCUACAGGACAACCAGAUAUCACACAUACCACUUUCAGCCUUUUCAAAUCUUCAGCAGCUGGAGCGACUUGAUAUAUCCAACAAUCAGCUUCGGAUGCUGUCCAGAGGUGUAUUUGAUAGCCUUCACAACCUUAAGCAACUCACAGCAAGGAACAAUCCAUGGCUUUGUGAUUGUAGUAUUAAGUGGGUCACUGAAUGGCUUAAGUUUAUUCCAUCCUCCAUCAAUGUUCGGGGAUUCAUGUGUCAGGGGCCAGAUCAUGUCCGAGGCAUGGCUGUCAGGGAACUCACCGUAAAUAUGUUGUCAUGCCCUCCAACUACCCCUGCUCUGUCAUUUGUUACCGAGGCUCCCACAACACUCUUACCAACCACAGUGGCCCCUGCUACAUCUCUUUUGACCCCAAGUAACAAAUACACUCCUUUUACCCCUGUUGUAGCCACACUCCCCACUGUGCCUGAGAGAGAUGAUGGAGAAAAAGUGACCACUCCCUUUGUCGAGCGCUUUCAACUGUUUAUCCACAUUGUGAAUGACACUUGUAUCCAAGUUAGCUGGCAUACUGUUUUUAAUGUUAUGGCUUACAAACUUACCUGGGUUAAAAUGGGUCACAGUCUGGAAGGAGGCAUUAUUCAGGAACGGAUAGUUAGUGACAAGAAACAAAAUAUUAGCUUGACAAGCCUGGAGCCCAAAUCUACAUAUCGGAUUUGCUUGGUUCCUUUGGAUGAUUUUAAUAAUUAUCGAGUUGGUGAGGACACUGUCUGUUCUGAAGGUACCACCAAGGCUUCCUUAUUAAGCAAUGGGAGCAACACAGCCUCCAGCCAUGAGCAGACCACAUCUCAUAACAUUGGUUCCCCAUUUCUCCUGGCAGGAUUGAUUGGGGGGGCAGUGGUAUUUGUGCUGGUGGUUCUGCUCAGCAUCUUCUGUUGGCACAUGCACAAAAAAGGGCGCUAUACUUCUCAGAAGUGGAAAUACAACCGAGGCCGACGGAAAGAUGACUACUGUGAGGCGGGAACCAAGAAGGACAACUCCAUCCUGGAGAUGACAGAAACCAGCUUUCAGAUUGUCUCCUUAAAUAAUGAUCAACUCCUUAAAGGAGAUUUCAGACUUCAGCCCAUUUAUACCCCAAAUGGGGGAAUUAACUACACAGACUGCCAUAUCCCCAACAAUAUGAGAUAUUGCAACAGCGGUGUAUCAGACCUGGAACACUGUCAUACGUGAUAGUGAAGGACAUGGCAGGGCACCUACAGCUAGGAACAGAUACUCGGAGGGAGGAAACAAAAUAAACCUACUCACAAAUAAGAAUUACAUUUGAUAAAUGUUACACAGAUGCAUUUGUGCAUUUGAAUACUCUGUAAUUUAUAUGGUGUACUAUAUAAUGGGAUUUAAAAAAGUGCUAUCUUUUCUAUUUCAAGUUAAUUGCAAAUGGUUUUGUAACUUUUUGCUUUUUAAAUCUUAAAAAAAUAUAGCUGAAGUACUGUACAGGGUUGUACAAUAAGAACCCAAUGCCAUGGCAAAGGAAAGAAAUGCCUCAUUCUUCAGACAUUAACCAUUUUUAUUUUGGAGUUUUUUUAGGGGCUACUGGCUCUUCCAUCUUCCACUAGUUUAGAAGACAAGUUUAAAGAAUAACAUCAGACGUUUCUAAGUAGAACCAGGUGUCAGGAGGAAUAUAAAUGAAACAUCCUCUGUGACUGAUAAAAUUGGGGUAGCUUCUGUUAAAACUUUACUGGUCAAUUUUUGCAGCUUCUGUUCUUUUUGGUUCCACUCAGAGCAGAAAAAACCCAACCUUUCUAAUAUCAAACACGAUGACUCUCUGCUCUUUAUGUGAGCUUGUUUCAAAAUUCUCAUCACACAUUUAUUCCUCCUCACAAAGGCCGGUAUUGAAAUAUGAAAAGCAAAAGAUUUGUUUGCCCUAAAGUUCUUGUCUGAAUUGGGACAUUUGAAAUAUGUAUAACCAAUUUUUGUCAGAAUUCUUAGUUUACAAUCCAAAUACUUUUCUUUUGUUUUUUUCCAAAAGCAAUUUUUGUUAAGGUCCAUGAGUUUACAUUGUUGUUCAUUACAGAAGUCCAAAGGGAUCUGAUACAUUGACCAAACAGUAUAUUGAUUAAAAUUAUUAAAAAUAUAUCCAAAAGAUGUUGCAAGUGGAUUAAAGUAGUCCCUUUGAUGUUUCUUGAUUUCAUAGUAUUCCUGGAUAAUUCAGUCACUUAAGCUAGCUUUCUCCAAGAAAGAGCAAACAAGGCCCAUGGGAACAUUAAAAUAGCAAACACUCAUAAUGUGUUCUGAGAUAUUUUCACAGGGGAAAAAGCAUCAUGUCUAAAUUAAAAUUUAUGUUAGGCAAAAAAUGAUGUUUUAGGAAAACAAUCUGUUUUUUAAAAAAUAAGAAUUUGUGGGGCUUAUGUUAUCACAUAUCUAUUAUGAAUCCAUUGACAAUCUCUUUUUAUGGUACAAAAACUUGCUCUUAGUAUUUAAAGCUCCAGUAAUGCACUUGAUUUUGUCUGAUUUCAUCCUAUUGUUAAUUUGAGAUAUUUUGUUCAAUUUUGUACCUUUGCAAGUGACACCCUGGGAAUGUAUGCUGUACAGUCCCUAUUAAAAAAAUGAAAACAAAGCGAACCAAACCCAACUCUAAUUAAUUAUAGAGGAGCUUGCAUUGGAAUAGCUCUGGUGCAGAAUACAAACUAUUUGUAGACCAUCAUGACUUUAUGGAGAACCUGCUGUAGCUCCUAAUAUUAUGCAAAAAUCCACUAGUGGCAUACUAAUUAACCUUUUUUCUCCCAGCAUGUAGACAUAGUUUGGGGUAAAAACAUCCCUUGAGUCCAUAUUUUUGGAUGGAGGAAGGUCCAUUUCCACUUCCAGAACAUAAUACAAUAUUGUGCAUAUGCUGGGCAGAAAACAUCCAUAUCCACUGUGAGUAGAGCAUACACACUAGGGUCAAAUAUAGAUAGGAGGAGCCUGGUUUCUUUGGACUCCAACUCCCACAAACCUUAACUAGUGUGGGAACAUCUGGUUGUGGUUCAUCAACAUCCUGAGGGCCACGGGUUGCUCACAUCUGGUCUAGUAUGACUUUUGUCUAAUAUUUUUGCUUUCUUAAAUGCUGUACCCUAUAUCCAUUUUUCUUUUGUAUGUCAACUUACUACCUGUUCUUAAGGUUUGAACACCCACAUGAUUCAGAAAUAUGUGGAGAUGGAGCAACAAGUACCAGUCAGCACAUCAACUCAAAUAAAACAUUCCUUGACAUACAGGGUGUUCUUUUUUGAAGGAAGGAAGGAAGGAAGGAAGGAAGGAAGGAAGGAAGGAAGGAAGGAAGGAAGGAAGGAAGGAAGGAAGGAAGGAAGGAAGGAAGAUCCUCUCUAACAUAAAAAGGCCCCCAAAAGUUUUCAUGUCAAACAUUGCUUAAAUUAAAUAUUUACCAAAUUAAGUCUUGAGAGAGACUUGGAUUGCUAAAUGUAUUGAGUUGAGGGGGGGGGGGCAGGAAAUAGGUAAAGGUGUUAAUCCUUUCUCCCCUUCGUCUACUCCAACUGUUAUUCACCAGAAAAUAUGACCGUGCACUUCAGCUGCUUGACAACAUGCAUUCUCCAGCUGAGAAGAUGGAUCAGCACUUUUGUGUAUGAUGGCAGAGUACAAUCAUUUCCUGAAUUAUGUCCCUUCCCACCCAACACCUUUUAUAAUCACAUUUUGAAUUUCCAUUCUAUAUUCUGUAUAUUUGCUAUUUUCUCCAGCUAUAACAGGUAUUUUAGGCAACCUGUAUGGCUACUGUAAUAGUGAAGUCACUGAACCUUUGCUAAAUAAAAGGCUGCCGUAUGGUUUGAAA